AUGGGUAAAAAGAUAAAGAAGGAAACAGAACCUCCUCCUAAGGAUGUGUUUGAUCCAUUAACAAUUGAAAGCAAAAAAGCAGCAACUGUGGUGUUAAUGCUUAAUUCUCCAGAAGAAGAAAUUCUAGUUAAAGCAUGUGAAGCCAUUUAUAGAUUUGCUUUAAAAGGUGAGGAAAAUAAAGCAACUCUCCUCGAACUUGGAGCUGUGGAACCUUUAACUAAACUGCUCACUCAUGAAGACAAAAUUGUAAGAAGAAAUGCUACUAUGAUAUUUGGGAUCUUGGCUUCAAAUAAUGAUGUUAAAAAAUUGUUAAGGGAGUUAGAUGUCAUGAAUUCUCUUAUUGCUCAACUUGCUCCAGAAGAAGAAGUAGUUAUCCAUGAGUUUGCUAGUCUUUGUUUGGCAAACAUGUCUGCAGAGUAUACCAGUAAAGUGCAAAUAUUUGAACACGGUGGAUUAGAGCCACUCAUCAGACUACUGAGUAGCCCAGACCCUGAUGUAAAGAAGAAUUCUAUUGAAUGCAUUUACAACUUGGUACAGGAUUUCCAGUGUCGAACUACACUUCAAGAGCUAAAUCCAAUUCCUCCUAUAUUAGAGCUCCUGAAGUCAGAAUAUCCAAUUAUUCAGUUGUUGGCUCUCAAAACCUUAGGUGUUAUUACAAAUGAUAAGGAGUCUAGAGCAAUGCUAAGAGACAAUCAAGGAUUGGACCCCCUUAUUAAGAUCCUAGAAGCAAAGGACUUGAAUGACCUUCAUAUAGAAGCACUGUCAGUGAUAGCCAAUUGCCUUGAAGAUAUGGAUACUAUGGUGCUAAUUCAGCAGACAGGGGGUCUUAAAAAGCUCCUAAUGUUUGCAGAAAACUCUACAAUCCCUGAUAUCCAGAAGAAUGCAGCAAAAGCCAUCACCAAAGCAGCUUAUGAUCCUGAAAGUAGAAAACUUUUUCACGAACAAGAGGUUGAAAAAUCCCUUGUCACCCUUUUGGGUUCUGAAAAUGAUGGAACUAAAAUUGCUGCCUCCCAAGCUAUUUCAGCAAUGUGUGAGAAUUCAGGCAGCAAAGAUUUUUUCAAUAAUCAGGGGAUUCCACAGUUAAUUCAGUUGCUAAAAAGUGACAAUGAUGAGGUAAGGGAAGCAGCAGCUCUAGCCUUGGCUAAUCUGACAACUUGCAAUCCUGCUAAUGCAAAUGCAGCUGCUGAAGCUGAUGGUAUUGAUCCAUUAAUAAACACCCUGUCUUGUAAACGAGACGGAGCCAUUGCAAACGCAGCUACAGUACUGACAAACAUGGCAAUGCAGGAGACGCUGCGUGUGAACAUACAGAGUCACAACAUCAUGAAUGCAAUCAUCAGCCCACUGCGUUCAGCCAACACCGUUGUGCAGAGCAAAGCUGCUCUCACAGUUGCUGCAAUUGUGUGCGAUGUUGAGGCCCGGACAGAGUUAAAAAAUGCAGGUGGACUGGAGCCCCUUGUUGCACUCUUGCGCUCCAAGAACGAGGAAGUCAGGAGGCAUGCCAGCUGGGCUGUGAUGGUCUGUGCCAGUGAUGAGCUGAUGGCCACUGAGUUGUGCAGGCUCGGGGCUUUAGAUAUCCUUGAAGAAAUUAAUCUCUCAGUAAGUCGAAAAAAUAAAUUCAGUGAGGCAGCUUAUAACAAAUUGCUCAACAACAAUCUUUCCCUGAAAUACAGCCAGACUGGCUAUCUGUCAUCAUAUAACAUAAUUAGUGAUGGAUUCUAUGAUUAUGGCCGGGUAUUGCAGGAACCAGGUUACCCACUUCCAUCUAUGGAAGAUAAAUCAUCAGACACUGGUUAUGGACGAAGCAUUUCUUCCUCAUCUUCCUUAAGAAGAUCAAGUAAAGAAAAGACCAGUGCUGGAGUUGGAUCUCCCACAGAAGAGAAAUCAGAACCUACUUCUGGACGAAAUACUGUUCUUAGCAAAAGUGGCACAAAAGAAAAAGGAUCAAGAAAAGGGAGAGGUAAAAAAGAAGAAGAAAAAGUAAAAGAGGAGGAAGAAGUUUUGUCAACACCAAAAAUGACUGGAGAAGGAACCCCUGAUAAAGAAUGGUGCCCUCCUUCUGACCCUGACUUGUGUCUUUAUGUCUAUGAAGUGACUAAAACAAUCCUGCCCAUAGCCAAUAUGAAGGAACAGAUUGAGGCUCUUGCAAAGUAUGUGGCAGAAAAAAUGGGUGGUCCUAUUCAGAAAGAGAAACUACAUGAAUUCAGCUGGGAACUUCACAUAAGUGAAUUAAAAUUUCAGCUUAAAUCCAAUGUGAUUCCAAUUGGACAGAUCAAAAAAGGGAUCUUCUACCAUCGAGCUUUGCUUUUCAAGGCUCUGGCCGAUAAAAUUGGCAUUGGCUGCUCUCUCAUCCGUGGGGAGUAUGGCAGAGCCUGGAAUGAAGUGAAGCUGAUGGACAAAUCUCGUAAGGGAGUGAUUGGGUGCUUACCUCCUCCUGAAACAUACAUUGUCGACCUCAUGUUCCAUCCAGGCGAGCUGAUGAAGUUAAGAAGUAGAGAGGCUGAUCUUUACAGACUUCUUUGA